AUGCGUCUCCAACGCCUUACCGUAUGGGCGGCGCCUUUGGUAGCAGUGACUUCUGCCAUUACCUUGCCGGCGUCGACACUUGGUACGGAUCUGCUUGCAGCUAAAGGUCUGAUCAACCUUGCGGUGAACGGGAUCGAGAAGGCAUUUAAAGGGCAGCAGGGAAGCUGCACCCUUGCAAAUGUCGCUGUUAGAAAAGAAUGGGGCAUGCUUUCGAACUCCGAGAGGAAAAGCUAUUCGGAUGCGGUUCUGUGCUUGAUGUCAAAACCAUCUAAAACUAAUCCCUCAGAUGCUUCCGGUGCAAAGUCUCGGUACGAUGACUUCGUCUGGAUACAUAUCAUGCAAACGUUGGAAAUCCACGGAACGGCCAAUUUCCUGUCAUGGCAUAGAUGGUUCGUCUAUGUCUUCGAGAAAGCUUUGAGGGAUGAGUGGAACUGGGGCAGAUGGGCGAAUGACCCUGCCAAUUCGCCGUUAUUCGACGGAAGUGCCUAUAGUAUGAGCGGUAAUGGUGAUUACCAAGCCCAUGGCUGCACUAACGCCCUACCGACCAACCUCAACUGUAUCCCGGCUGGACAAGGAGGUGGCUGUGUCACUAAUGGACCUUUCAAGAAUAUGACCGUCAAUCUAGGUCCAGUCGUUGUCACUCUGAGUGGCAUCCCCGAGCUCGUACCAAACAAUGGCAGUAUCUGGAACCCUCGAUGCUUGAGGCGAGAUAUUUCGAGCUGGGUCUCACAACGGUGGAGCACCGACGCGAUUUCCACCUCCCUUAUUAACGACAACCCUGAUAUCUAUUGGUUCCAAACUGUCAUGCAAGGAGACUUCGCUAAUGGCGAUUUCGGUGUACAUACCGCAGGACACUUCACCUUCGGCGGUGAUCCAGGCGGAGACAUCUUCGCGUCCCCUGGUGACCCCAUGUUCUGGCUUCAUCAUGCUCAGAUUGAUCGUACUUGGUGGAUCUGGCAAAACCAGGACCUCAAAAACCGACAAAACGCAAUCUCGGGCACGCUUACACUUGGCAACUUUCCACCGACUAGAAACGGCACUCUUGAUGACUUGAUUGAUCUCGGCGUAAGUGCCGCACCUGUUACAAUCCGAAGCUUGAUGAGCACUACCGAAGGCCCCCUCUGCUAUAUCUAUCUAUAA